AUGUCUGUGACAGUAAAUGAGUUAUUACAAGCUUUGAAGUUUGUAGUUACUAUUGAUGUUACUUCUGAUGUAGUGACUUUUGAUGUAGUGACUUUUGAUGUAAUGACUUCUGAUGUAGUGACUUCUGAUGUAGUUACUUUUGAUGUAGUUACUUUUGAUGUAGUUACUUUUGAUGUAGUUACUUUUGAUGUAGUGACUUUUGAUGUAGCUACUUUUGAUGUAGUGACUUUUGAUGUAGUUACUUUUGAUGUAGUGACUUUUGAUGUAGUUACUUUUGAUGUAGUUACUUUUGAUGUAGUGACUAUUGAUGUAGUUACUUUUGAUGUAGUUACUUUUGAUGUAGUGACUAAUGAUGUAGUUACUUUUGAUGCAGUGACUAAUGAUGCAGUUACUUUUGAUGCAGUGACUAAUGAUGUAGUUACUUUUGAUGCAGUGACUACUGAUGUAGUUACUUUUGAUGCAGUGACUUCUGAUGUAGUUACCAUUGAUGUAGUGACUAUUGAUGUAGUUACUUUUGAUGCAGUGACUACUGAUGUAGUUAGUAUUGAUGCAGUGACUACUGAUGUAGUUAGUAUUGAUGCAGUGACUACUGAUGUAGUUAGUAUUGAUGCAGUGACUACUGAUGUAGUUAGUAUUGAUGCAGUGACUACUGAUGUAGUUAGUAUUGAUGCAGUGACUACUGAUGUAGUUACUUUUGAUGCAGUGACUACUGAUGUAGUUACUUUUGAUGCAGUGACUACUGAUGUAGUUAGUAUUGAUGCAGUGACUACUGAUGUAGUUAGUAUUGAUGCAGUGACUACUGAUGUAGUUAGUAUUGAUGCAGUGACUACUGAUGUAGUUAGUAUUGAUGCAGUGACUACUGAUGUAGUUAGUAUUGAUGCAGUGACUACUGAUGUAGUUAGUAUUGAUGCAGUGACUACUGAUGUAGUUAGUAUUGAUGCAGUGACUACUGAUGUAGUUAGUAUUGAUGCAGUGACUACUGAUGUAGUUAGUAUUGAUGCAGUGACUACUGAUGUAGUUACUACCAUUGACGCAGUGACUACUGAUGUAGUUACUACCAUUGACGCAGUGACUACUGAUGUAGUUACUACCAUUGAUGCAGUGACUACUGAUGUAGUUACUACCAUUGACGCAGUGACUACUGAUGAAGUUACUAUUGAUGCAGUUCAGAACAAGAUUAUGACUCUUCCUAAUUAA